AUGAAAUCCGAUAUUAUUCGGAAGCGCUCUCGACACGACGCUCGUGCACUCUCCCUCCCCCUCUCAGAUGUAUCAAUCCAACUGUCAUCCGUCCCUGUAACUGACCAACUCAAAGAUUUCCUUCACGCGACCUCACAAAUGCAUUCCUAUGACAGCUCGCACAUCCCAUUCAUCAUAACCACCUCCCUCGUUGUCCUCCUCCACACAAGCCUCGCAGUGCUGCACACACCGACCCUCCUGCCACGUGUAGGCGUGCAUACUGCUGCCUAUGUCGGUGUCUUGGUCGGCCUCAUGUCCUUUUGCGCGGGCUUGGCUGUUUGGGGGGCGUUGUCUUAG